AUGCCCAAGACCGAGAGGGGGUAUUAUGUAAAUGGAUCGAGAGGAUGGGUAGCCAGCGGUGGACAACCGUCAAUUAUUCAAAUAUUGUCAUUAAUAUGCCCCACUGUCCACUGGAGAAUGCUAAUGCCACUUGUCGUUAGCGGGCUGUUUUUGGAGCGGGGGCCCUCUGCUGUUUUUGAAGGGAGAGACCGGACUGAAGAUUUCCUUCCAGGCCGAGGGUUCUUCACUGCUCGCUGGUUCGUAACGGUCUUCAAAGCUACAGCGAAUCAAUGCUGCACUCAUCCGCCCACAAAGGAAACCUCGGAAUUAGCUCGAGGAGUAAUUAUCGAGAUGAGAGCCGUUGAUAACGAGGGUUAUACAGGAAAGUAG